AUGGUUUCGCAGCACGUCUUCGACCUUUGCCAAGCAAGAGACACGGUCAGUUCCGUCUUGGCAACGGAUCCAAGCCAACCACCCGGCGACAUCGUUAAGAAAUUGUACGGCCAUCACGAACACGGUUUACACCACGGUCUCACGACCGGAGAGGGUAAAACCUCGGCCAACGACACCGAAAACGCUCUUCAGUGCGGUCGUUGGGGUCCCACCAAUCCAAGUGCAUUAUUCCUACAAGCAUUCGCAGACUCUCUACGAUGUCUCGACAGGGAUCCUCUGGCAGGUGUUGUCUCGCCUCCUUUGAUGGGUUCCCAUGGAACAAUACCUCUUACAGUCAUUGCGCCGCUGGCGGAUGUUAUACGUCAUUGCUCCAACCUGAUUGUGCGCGCCCAGAAGGAAGUGUUUUACAUCACAUGCUCAUGGGCACCAUCAGUAGCUCAAGCACUACUAAAAGAUGCUCUGAUUGAGCUUUCAAGACGGGCUGGAAGGAGGCGAGAGCGAGUGGUGGUCAAAAUUAUGUUUGACAAGCCGGGACCGUCAAACGCAGUAACGCCACAUCAGCCCGUCAAGGUCAAGACGUAUACUUCUAAGUCCGUCGAUCUUCCUUCUCCCGAGGAGAUUCCCAACAUCGACCUCGAGGUGGUCAGUCUGCACAGAUUAAUUCUGGGAACGCUGCAUGCCAAGUUCUGCUUGGUCGAUCGGAAAAUCGCUGCGGUUAUGAGCAACAACACAGAAGAUAAUGAUAAUUUGGAGAUGAUGGUUCAUGUCGAGGGACCCAUCGUUGACAGCAUAUACGAUACAGCCUUGAUUACCUGGCAGAACACCUUACACCCAGUACUCCCCUCACUUGGACCCUCGGCCGCUGGUAGUGACUCGUCAUUAUCCGAGGAAGACCCUUCAAAUACCAGUGGAGGGGAACUACCGAUAGUAGAUCCACUCACAGCGACACAAAACGACGGCGGUGCGCUUCCUGAGCACAUGCCUGGCAAUCCCCACUAUGACGACGACAUUCAAGGAGAGAUCACACGCAUGCAAUCAUGCUACUCUAUGAAGCAAGGGGAGAGCCGUCUUCAAGCAGCCAACCGCCAUCUCAAUAUUGCAGUACACCGACCAAUCGAGCCUACAGGCCCGGAGAUCUAUGAGGGCGAGGAGAUGACACCGUACAUCCCAAGUUCGAUCGACUCAAAACCAGUCCCUAUGGCUCUUGUAUCCCGUCCCCCCUAUGGAGCUAUCGAUUCAAAAAGCAUCCACGUUCCUCAAAACGAAGCUUGGCUGUCCUUGAUAAGAAAUGCGACGCGGAGUAUUUUCAUUCAAACACCUGAUCUCAAUGCCGCUCCUUUAGUCCCAGCACUUAUCGAAGCGUUGAAGAGGGGAGUUGAAGUUACUUAUUACGUUUGUUUCGGAUAUAAUGAUCCCGGUGAAAUGAUCCCUGGCCAGGGUGGGACCAACGAUCAGAUUUCUCAAAGUCUUACUGCAUCACUUCCUAAGGAUGGCCCUGAACGCAAGCUUUUGCACAUAUACAAUUAUGUCGGGAAGGAUCAAGACCACCCCAUCCAUCAGUCCUUCAAAUCUCGUUCAUGUCAUAUCAAGCUUUUGAUCGUGGACGAGAGCGUCGGUAUUCAAGGCAGUGGCAACCAAGACACACAAUCAUGGUUUCACAGCCAGGAGAUCAACCUCAUGGUUGAUAGUACGGAGAUCUGUCGGAAGUGGAGGGAGGGUAUCGAUAGGAACCAGAAUACGAGAAAGUUUGGAAAGGUAGCGGAGGACGGAAUAUGGAGAGAUGCGAAAGGAAAUCCUGGUAAAGGAUAUAUGGGUAACCCAGGAACUGUGAUGGGUUUGGUAAAGGGCGUGACUGGGAUGAUAAUGAAGAUGAAAGGACCAGGAGGGUUUUAA